AUGGUGCCAAAGUCGAGCACAAAGCGACGUCGCAGCGAUCGCGGUGCAACGCAUCCUGCCCAAGUCAUUCCGGAUACGACUGAACAAGCUGUUCAGGAUGCUACUCAAAGGAUUCCGGAUACGACUGAACAAGCUGUUCAGGAUGCUACUCAAAGGUUUCCGGAUACGACUGAACAAGCUGUUCAGGAUGCUACUCAAAGGAUUCCGGAUACGACUGAACAAGCUGUUCCGGAGCACGCUGUGGAAAGUGAGGAAGGUCGUGAACAAGAGGCAACGGAGACUUUGGAGGGUGGUGCGACCCGUCACGGUGUUUCAUUGGAUGACUUUGACUCGGAUGAUUUUCUCGCCGCUCUGAGGCGGGAUCGAUUGUUUGACGAUGGUGAUGUUGGUGACUUCAAUGCUGGUGGCGGAGAUUGGUUGCUUACUCUUGACUCUGACACGGAAGGUGACGAAGAUUCGAUCCUUCAAGACGAAAGUGACGACGAUGUUGGGGAUGACGACGUAGUGGUUGAUGCCAACGACGAAAGCGACGACGGAAAUGUAGUUGAACUUGACGAAGUCCCAGUUGAGUUUGAUCUGACUCGUGGAGACCUGGAUCGCCUGCAAGCGGAGGAGUGGGACGUGUAUAUGGAGCAAGAAGCUGGACGGGUUCUGCAUGAUGCCUCACCGCUGUAUGAUGGACCGUCAGGCCCAACGCGAGCUGCUCUUGCUUACGCUGAAGACCCACUGGCCAUAUUUUACUUUUUCCUACCCAAGGAGCUCUGGCGGCGCAUAGCAAUGGAAACCAACAAGUAUCGCCGGGACAGCAUUGAUACCGAUUCAUGGCUUACCUCACGUUGUUCCCAUCGAUCC